UCGUUUUGCCUGAGCCCGUCGAACUGAUCUCCAGCCGUCAACGCAUGGUCCUAAGAGGAUCCGACGGCUCACACUUAAUUGACGUCCGCUUGCUUCAAAUACUCACUGGCACCGACCUCUGCAGCCCUGCUUGGUUUCCGGGCUAUCUGCAGAACGAGAAUGGCGGAGAGCAGCGGAGCUAGCACCACCACAUGCGGCAGCGCUACGGCCGCGAUGAUCCAGCCGGAGGAAGCUCUGCGGAGAGUCCUGAGCUUGGCCCCGCGGCUGCAACCCGUCGCCGUCCCGCUUCACGAAGCUCUUGGGAAGGUACUGGCGGAGGAUAUUCGAGCUCCUGAUCCUCUGCCUCCUUAUCCGGCUUCAGUCAAGGAUGGUUAUGCCGUAGUUGCAUCAGAUGGGCCCGGUGAAUAUCCUGUUGUGACAGAGUCAAGAGCUGGAAAUGAUGGAGUAGGAGUGACUGUAACACCUGGAACUGUUGCAUAUGUGACUACUGGAGGCCCCAUACCAGAUGGUGCUGAUGCAGUUGUCCAGGUUGAGGACACAGAAUUGGUAACAGAUUCUUUAGACAGACAAAAACGAGUGAGAGUAUUGGUCAAAACGAACAAAGGUGCUGAUAUUCGUCCAGUGGGAUUUGAUAUAAAAAAAGAUUCUGCAGUACUAAAUUCUGGUGAAAGAAUAGGUGCUUCAGAAGUUGGACUGCUUGCAACUGUGGGGGUUACGAUGGUUAAGGUAUAUCCGACCCCAACAAUUGCAGUGCUUUCAACUGGUGAUGAACUUGUGGAGCCAUCGGCCAAAUCUCUUGGUCGUGGUCAGAUUCGAGACUCCAACCGUGCAAUGCUACUGGCAGCUGCUAUGCAGCAACAUUGCCGUGUUGUCGACCUUGGUAUCGUCCAAGAUAAUGAAGAAGAAAUUGAGCGGAUCCUUCAAACUGUUUCUUCUUCUGGGAUUGACAUUCUAUUAACUUCUGGAGGUGUCUCCAUGGGCGACAGGGACUUCAUCAAGCCACUUCUCAAAAAACGAGGCAGAGUACAUUUCACUAAGGUUUGUAUGAAGCCAGGAAAGCCGCUGACAUUUGCAGAGAUCGAUCCAAAAUUGGAUGAAAGUACGAUGCAUAAUACUAUUCUUGCAUUUGGAUUACCUGGGAAUCCAGUCAGCUGUAUAGUCUGCUUCUAUCUCUUUGUGCUUCCUGCAAUACGCCAUCUUGCUGGAUGGGCAAAUCCACAUCUUCUGAGAGUGCAAGCACGUCUUCAGCAGCCCAUCAAGACAGACCCGGUUAGGACAGAAUUUCAUCGUGCCACUGUCAGACUGUUGCUCAAUGAUGGAUCUGGUAAACCUGGUUUUGUUGCCGAGAGCACUGGCUAUCAGAUGAGCAGCAGGCUUUUGAGCAUGAAAAUGGCUAAUGCAUUGUUGGAGUUGCCACGGAUAGACUCUGUGUUACCCGCUGGAACAUCUGUCACGGCUAUUAUAAUUUCUGAUCGAAGUGAUACUGCCAUUGGCAAGACCCCAUCUUCAGAAGUGGUUCCUGUGCUGAGUCCCCCACUCAAUCCUGUUGCAGAUAAGCAUCUAGAUGUUGAGUCCAGAGUUGCCAUUCUAACUGUUAGUGAUACUGUGGCAUCAGGAGCAGGACCUGAUCGGAGUGGUCCAAGGGCUGUGACAGUUGUAAAGUCCUCAUCGGAGAAGUUAGGAGGAGCUAAAGUAACUGCAACUGCUGUGGUCCCGGAUGAUGUAGCCAAGAUUAAGGAGGUCCUGCUGAAAUGGAGUGACAUCGAUAAAAUAGAUCUUAUCAUUACACUCGGCGGUACUGGCUUUACCCCAAGGGAUGUAACUCCCGAAGCAACGAAGGAGGUGAUCCAAAAGGAAACGCCUGGUUUAGUUUAUGUGAUGAUGCAGGAAAGUUUGAAGGUGACUCCUUCUGCGAUGCUCUCUCGUGCUGCAGCAGGAAUAAGAGGCUCAUCACUGAUUAUCAACAUGCCCGGGAACCCCAAUGCCGUAGCCGAAUGCAUGGAAGCUCUGUUGCCUGCCCUUAAGCAUGCGUUGAAGCAGAUAAAGGGAGGGAAGAGAGAGAAGCAUCCCCGUCAUGUGCCUCAUGCAGAGGCAGCUCCUGUAGACACCUGGGAGCGGAGCUAUCAGUUGGCGUCAGCUGGUGGUUCAGAGCACGGUUGUUCAUGCUCCCACUGAAAGAAUAUCACUGUUUUAUUGUACUGAAAAUUAUGCCAAACAACAGUGAACUGUGAUUAUCUUCAAGAGAACACAAUACUGAGGUACUCCAUGCCCGGGUUUGUAUAUACUGCAGAAAUCUUGUUUCAGAGCCAAACUCCAGAAAAAUGCCUUGUUUCUCAAAGUCAAGUGUGAUGCUUUUAUGUAUUGAAUCUUAUCAAUAUGGUCGCGGAUUUGAUUCUGAGAACUUGUUAUGCAUUAAUCGGCCAUUGCUGUUCG